GCUUUGCAUAGGUUCUCAAGUUUUGACAGCUCUGUGCGAUCGAGAGAUGGCGCUGAACGUUGCAGGAGUUAUGCGACUGUCUGCUCGGAUAUCCAUGCGCUCCAGCAUUGUGGAAAUGCGCGCUCGGACCAUGAUGAUGUCGUCCAAAGCGAGCAAGCAGCAGAGUGGGACGGCUGCAGUCAUGCCGGAAGCGCUUGGUCCGCACGCACGACCGCAGCCGUCGCGAGCACUGAUUCAAGCAGUACUGUCUGUCAAGAAGCAGGCGCACAAACUCAGAAAGAAGGGCGGGCUGGCCAUCCCGAGCGAACUGUUGCCAUCGCAGCCCAAUCGCGAGCAAAGCAGUCCUCGCUCGGCGCUGACAGUCGAGCCGGCGGCCGAGCACAGAGAUGCAAGCACGGAUAGUGGCGACGUGGAAUGGGAUCCGAGCACUGCGCUCGAGCACGCGCGCAAGAAGCCUGGGAGCGGCGGCGACGUGAUGAACAAAACGCGAACAUCGGUCGGCCACACCGACGCCGAGCCUGUGGUGCAGCGGGAAUCUCUACAGGACGCAGCGCUUCGUGCGUUUGCUGGGACGAGCUCGCCGUUGCUCGAGUCCGAUUUGGAGGAGAAGUUCAUCAAAGGUGGCGGCAAAGGUGGUCAAAAGGUGAACAAGAGCACCAACGGUGUGUUUCUGCGGCACCUGCCCACCGGCAUUGCUGUGCGGUGCCACAUGCAUCGCUCGCUUGCGCAAAAUCAAAAGCAAGCGCGAAAACAACUGUGCGAGUUGGUCAAUCUGGCCCUGCACGGCACCCCAACCAAGGAGCAACUCAAAAGCGAGCAAGAUCGCAUGCGACGAGCCAAGCGUGAGCUGAAAGCACGUCACAACCGUGCUCUCAAGGCUCUCGAAAAGAAUUCAUCUUCCGUUGCAAAGCAGCAUCCGGUGAGUGCGCAAGCUAGUGGUGCUGCGAAUUCCGCCAAGCAAAGUCCCAACGCAGCAGAAGGCGAAACGCCGUCGUCAACCUGAAUCCAUUAGGCCAUGGGUUUGGAAACUUGCGAAGCCAAUGCAAACAAAAAAAAUCAUUCUAAUUACAAAGCAAGAGCUGCCCGGCACAAAAGCAAUCGACAAUCAAACGCGAAAAAUUCAAAAUCAUCAAGUCCUUUUCUUGUCUCUAAAUCGAGGCUUCCGCCAAAGGCUCCACAUUCAGUGUUGCCAACAACGAUGCCAGCUUUGGCACAUGCUGGAUGUGCUGCCGGUUUUGGGCGAGCGUACUGCGAACACUGCUGAGCAUCAAGUCCAGCGAGUCCACCUCUUCCUCGGCUCGUUUGAGGUUUUCCUGCUGCACUUGCAUCUGUCGAGCAGAGCACCAUCGAUCGAUAGUUAGCACAUUGUGUGAUUCACUUUGGUGGUUGAAUGACAACUUGCCUUUGCGGACGCUGCCUCCUUGUACUUUGUCAAAUGAGCAGUCAACCCUGCCAGUUGCGUUGAAAGCGUCGAUUCUUGAGAUUGAGCAGAAGCCAGCGCCGCUUGGAUUGUCGCGAGCUGCAAUUUUGGAACGAACAAAAUGUCGCGUCAGUCUCAAAAGCUUUGCUUCCAAAUAAAACAAUCCUGAU